UUCAAUUAAUAGAACAGAAUAGUUGAAUUAAUAAGAGAACCGGUCAAGCCAAUCCGUACGCAUGGAUGGGAAAGUUUGGUCUUCGGCCUCGCAGUCUCGGCUACACUGCGCAUUGCUUUCUCUCUACAAAAACCUCCGAAACUCCCCGCCAAUUCACCGAACUCUGCUCCAAUGGCCGCCUGAAAGAAGCAUUCGAGGCCUUCCGAUCACAGAUAUGGUCGGACCCAUCUCUUUUCUCUCACCUUCUCCAUGGAAGCAUCCAAACCCAAUCACUAUCCCUCACCAAACAGCUCCAUUCUCUUGUCAUUACUUCCGGCUGUUCCUCCGACAAGUUCGUCUCGAACCACCUUCUCAACGCCUACGCCAAAUUCGGGGAGUUACGAACCGCCCUCCAACUGUUCGACGUAAUGCCGAGGAAGAACUUCAUGUCCUGCAACAUUCUAAUCGGUGGGUUUAUUAAGAACGGCGACUUGGAGAGCGCACGGGAGGUGUUCAAACAAAUGCCGGAACGGAAUGUUGCGACGUGGAAUGCGAUGGUUAUGGGUAUGAUCCAGUUCGAAUUCAACGAGGAGGGGUUGAGUUUGUUUUUCCAAAUGCAUGGUUUGGGGUUUAUGCCCGAUGAGUUCGGUCUGGGCAGUGUUCUUCGAGGUUGCGCGGGAUUGAAAGAUUUGAGAACUGGCUGGGAGAUUCAUGGGUAUGUCGUGAAAUCUGGGUUUGAGUUCAAUUUGGUCGUUGGUAGUUCUUUGGCUCACAUGUACAUGAAAUCCGGAAGCCUGGAAGAUGGAGAGAAGGUGAUCAAAGCCAUGCCAAUUCACAAUGUGGUUGCGUGCAACACGCUUAUUGCGGGAAGAGCUCAAAAUGGGUGUCCUGAAGGAGCUUUGGAUCAGUAUAAUAUAAUGAAAAUGGCAGGUUUUAAGCCUGACAAAAUCACAUUUGUGAGUGUAAUCAGUUCGUGUUCAGAGUUAGCAACGCUUGGAAUGGGCCAACAGAUUCAUGCAGAGGCAAUUAAAACUGGUUCUAGUACAGCUACUUCAGUGAUUAGUUCACUGAUAAGUAUGUACUCUAGAUGCGGGUGCUUGGAUGAAUCUAUAAAAAUCUUCUCGGAAAGGGAAGACGAUGAUGCCGUGUUGUGGAGCUCGAUGAUUGCUGCUUACGGUUUCCAUGGGAAGGGAGAGGAAGCCAUCCAUGUGUUUAACCAGAUGGAGCAGGAAGGGUUGGAGGCAAACGAAGUUACUUUCCUAAGCUUGCUUUAUGCUUGUUCUCAUUGUGGAUUGAAAGAUAAAGGGCUUGAAUUUUUUAAUUUGAUGGUACAUAAGCCUGAGCUGGAGCCUCGACUAGAACAUUAUACGUGCGUGGUUGAUCUGCUUGGGCGAUCUGGCCGUUUGGAAGAAGCAGAUGCUUUUAUACGAACUAUGCCUGUAAAGGCGGAUGCUAUUAUAUGGAAGACGUUGUUAUCUGCCUGUAAAAUCCAUAAAAACGCAGAUAUGGCAAAAAGGAUUGCCGAAGAAGUUCUUAGGCUCGACCCUCAAGAUUCAGCGUCUUAUGUGCUGCUGUCAAAUAUUCAGGCUUCUGCUAGACAAUGGAAGGAUGUUUCAGAAGUGAGGAAAGCAAUGAGAGAUAGGAGUGUGAAGAAGGAACCGGGUAUCAGCUGGUUUGAGAUGAAGAACCAGGUUCACCAGUUUUGUGUGGGCGAUAAAUCCCACCCGCAAGCAAUGGAGAUCGAUCUCUACUUGAAAGAACUGACUUGGGAAAUGAAACUACGAGGUUACAUGCCUGAUACUGGCUCUGUUUUGCAUGAUAUGGAUACCGAGGAGAAAGAGUUUAACUUGGGACAGCACAGUGAAAAAUUGGCAAUUGCUUUUGCUCUAAUGAACACUCCAGAGGGUGUUGCAAUCCGGGUAAUGAAGAAUUUGCGCAUCUGCGGUGAUUGCCAUGUUGCCAUCAAAUACAUAUCAGAGAUAAAGAAUCGAGAAAUUAUCGUUCGGGAUGCUAGCAGGUUUCACCACUUCAAAAAUGGUAAAUGUUCUUGUGGUGAUUACUGGUAGUGAUAGAGUUAUUGCAUUUGCAAUUCUCAAUUCAUAUUUUUACAGGAAACUAGGUGAUCUCAUAUAUGAAAAGAGCUUAAUGUUUUUAAUGCUAGUCUUCCUAGAAACUUUUCUGAGUAUUACUUGUUCUCAUGGUGGGGGUAAAUGUGUAAUUUACGCACACAUUUUAUAUAUAUAUAUAUACAUGUAUGCGCGUGGGACAUGGGGGCAAAUUUUACAGCAUUUGAGGGCAUGUCGAGGGAGAAAGUGAUGACCAGCUGUAAAUGGUGCAAGUGGAUUGCAAGAAGUGAUGGCUGGGAAGGAGCGUCGUGAUUAAGUUUUGAUGCAAGUGGGUAUAUAUAUACAGAGAAAAUGAAGAAGAAAUAUGAAGAAGCAGAGAGCAAAUGGCCGAGAGGUUUGAAGCAGAGAGUGGCCGAGAGAUCGAGAGAGAGAGCUGGGAGCCAUGCUGGUGGCCGGAGGCAGCCGCGAGGGUGGCCGGAGUUGGCCGCAACAGCAAGCGGCCAUUGCCGCAAGCUUCACGCGGCCAUGGCUGCAAGCGAGCGAAGCAGGGGCAGCCGGCGAUGGAGCAGCAGUGGCGACGGUAGGCUGCGCACGGGCUGGUAGUGGCCGGAGGCGCGGGCUGCGGUGGAGGCAACCGUCGGUGGUUGCCGUGGGCAGCAGUGGAGCCGGAGGCGCGGCCAUGGCAGCCGCGAAGCUGCUGUUGCAGCAGCUGGCCCGCAACGCAGCCGGCGACGGCGGCGGUAUGGCGGCUAACGGCAAGGUCGGGAGAGGCCGGCGAGGGCGGCAGCAAGGCCGGCAACGCGGCGGUGCAGCGGCUGGGCGAGGCUCUGUUCGCGCGCGCAGCGGAAGCUGGAGGAAGAAGAAAAAGAAGAAAAGAAAAAAAGAAAAAUGAAAACAAAGGAAAAAAAUGGAAAAAGAAUGCGAAAAAAAUCUUAGAAAAAUAGGAAAUAGAGAUUUAUUAAUAUUUUGAAUAUUUUAACAAGAAAAUUAUUCGGACACA